CGACCUACGACCCCCACUUAAACACCGCGACAAUGGCUUCUGGAUACGGACUUGCUGGUGGCCCAUCCCGCUGCUUCCCCUUCUGGCAAGAAGUCCUCGCGUGCUACACGACCAACACAAACGCCGAGGACGACUCCGGCAAGGCAAAAUGCGCCCCCGUUCUUGAAGACUACUACGAGUGUCUUCACCACAAGAAGGAGGCCGCACGCACUCUUGCCCUACAAGCCGCCUACCGCAAGGCCGAAGCCAACAUAAAACGCGAUGAUGCGCCUUCUGCGGGCGAGAUAAGGCGCCUGGGUGUUUUGGAUGCCCCACUCGAGGAGAAGAAUCUUAAGCCGAGCAAAUGGUUUCCUCAUAAGCAGAUCAACUAGAUGGGCGGCAGGUGGUGGAUAAGGGCAGGUGAAACAAUGAUAUGGGUGUGUGUAUGCGUCGUCAGCCUCUGGUCAAGCAGGUAUAUGAAAUACGCAAGAAGUGAAAUUUCCAGAC